GAUUCAACCCACCGAAUCAAAAUCCAAUCUAAGAAAUCGUGAAGUUCCUUUUUGGCUCACAUGAGAAGUGUCCUUUUUUUUCAAUCAUCUCGUUUCUCAAAGCUGCAAGAAAAAUUGGUAUUCAUCAUGAAACUUUUUCCGAUAGAAUCAUUUAAAAUUUCCCUUGAGUUUUGCCAAGUGAACAUCAUUCUGCAAAUGUAACCAAAUCAACUUCUGCGACAGCGCUUGGUUAGAAUUAUGGGACAGUUGUUUACUUUCUAACUGUAUGCGCCUACAGAAGCAACAUUUCAAUCCUCUUAUGUAGCUGAGUUUUGAUACAGAGUAUACAAAAUGGAUGUCAUUUCUGGGCACAAGGAGAAAUGUAUUAGUUUGGCUACUUUAAUUGGACAGCACUCGGACAUUUUAAGACUCUCUGUUAAAUAUUUUGAAGACAAGCCGCCUCCUUGGGUUGAUGCCGAUGGUGAGAGGGAUGAAUCUGCAGCAAAGAGAAGAAGAACCUCCGGAGAAAUGGAAAAAGAAUUGAAGCUUGUAGAAUCCUGUUUGAAAUUCCUGCUCCUUGAUCAAACCUAUUUUUGUGGUGUCUGGGAGUGGUCAUCAUUUUUCCUGAAGUAUCUGGAUCACCCUUGCCCAAAAAUUAGAUGGCUAGCGUGUCAAUGUUUUGGAAUAGUUAUGAGGCUAUCCGAAUCACAACGGUUAGAACUCAUCUCCAAGUAUUUAUCCGAAGAAGAAGCAAAUUUCUACUCUCUUCAGUACAACAUCAGACUAUCAAGCUCGGGUACAGAACCUAGUCCUGAAUUGAAAUCUGUAGGAGCUUCAUCAGAUUCGUGUAUCGAAGUCUGCGGAAUAUCUUUACCUGUGGUCUCAGAGUCAUCAACUAAUGAAGAUCACAACUUGGUUUUGGUUGGCUCCACCUCUUCAAAUGUCAGAAAUUUAGCUAUAGCUGUAGCAGCCAACAAAACUGUCUGUCUAUCUGGUCCAGUUGGCUGUGGAAAAACUUCUGCGGUUCACUAUCUAGCAGAAGUAACAGGACGUACCAAAGUAGGAAAAUUAUUAAAGGUUCAGCUUGGAGAAGAAACAGAUGCAAAAAUGUUGCUUGGCUCCUACCGAUGCACUGACAUUCCUGGAGAAUUUGUGUGGCAACCAGGAGUACUCACCAAAGCGGUAAUGGAGGGAAUGUGGCUCCUACUUGAGGAUAUAGAUGCAGCUGGUAGUGAUGUAGCCUCAGUUCUAGCCAGCUUGAUCGAAAACAAAUCAUUAUCCGUGCCAGGAUUCCGAGAUAACAUUACACCUCAUUUAGACUUUCAUCUAUUCUUAACUCAACGCUCGAUAGUCACGCCGUAUGGUGAACAUUCAGUUCGCACCAACACCAUUGAGCUUUUAGAAAAGCAGUGGCUAAAAAUAAAUUUUGAGCCUUUAACUAGACAAGAACUAAUAAUAUUGAUUCAGGAUAAAUUUCCCACCCUAACAACUUUUUCUGACAAAAUGGUGGACGCAUUUCUAUUGUUUUCUGUUGGAAACCAUAUCGUCAAAGAGAGUGAUUUGAUGGAUAUCAUUAAAUCUACUGGACGAUUAGCAUCGACUCGUGAUUUAAUGAAAUGGUGCACAAGAGCAGUUGUGCACUAUAAACUUUCAUCUAAUGAAUCUGCUUUGCAAAUCUACCAAGAUGCUUUGGAUAUUUUUUGCUGUAGCGUGUCUAACAACACAAUCCGAAUUAAACUAGCAUGUGCUGUAGCAUCAUGUCUUGGUAUCAUUCAGACCAAAGCAGAGUUCUAUUUCAACUCGCACAAACCUGUGGUAAAUCUGACUCCGGAUCGGUUAGAGGCUGGGCGAACUUUGUUGAAGAGACUCACGGCAGAAGUCAUUGCUGUUGAAACGAAUCCCCUGAAAAGUUUUGCAUUCACACGGAUCUCAGCAUGUCUGAUUGAAAGAAUCGCUUGUUGUUUGUUUUUCAAUGAACCAGUUUUGCUUGUAGGAGAGACUGGAACUGGCAAAACUGCCUCAUUACAGCUCCUAGCCAAACAUACUGGAAAUAAAUUAGUUGUUCUUAACUUAAACCAGCAAAGUGAUAGUGCCGAUUUACUCGGAGGCUACAAACCUGUCGAUUUGAAAUUUAUUAUCGCACCAAUCAGAGACGAAUUUGAAACAUUGUUCCGGAAGUAUUUUAAGAUUGAACCAAAUCUUAAGUUUCUUCAGCAUAUAUCUAACUGCUUUAACAAUAAAAGUUGGAAGAACCUUGUAAAAUUGAUGAGUCAUAGUUGUAAAACUGCAUUGAAACGGCUGGCGACUGUUGAUAACGAAGAAAAACGUGAAUGGAAACUAAUGUACAAUAAAAUCGAAAAGCUAGAAGUUCAUGUAAAUCAUGGUCAGCCAACACUAGCAUUUCACUUCAUUGAAGGUACACUUGUUCGUGCUCUGAGGAAUGGAUAUUGGGUCUUGUUGGAUGAGAUAAACUUAGCCACUGCCGAGACAUUGCAGUGUUUAUCUGGCCUGUUGGAAGAUGGUGGAACACUUUCCCUUCUUGAUAAGGAUGAUGCUCGUCCAAUCAGGAAACAUCCUAAUUUCCGGAUAAUGGCAGCUAUGAAUCCUGCAACUGAUGUUGGGAAAAAAGAUCUCCCGCCAGGGAUCAGAAACCGAUUUACAGAACUUUUUGUCGACGAGCUGUCAGAUAUUAUUGACCUCAUGAAAUUAGUUGUUUGUUACUUGAAAAACAUUACGCCUGUUAAGUGUGAAAAUAUUGCUAAGUUCUACUUGAAAGUAAAGAAAGAAGUUGCAGUGACUUUGUCCGAUGGUGUGGGACAGAAACCCCACUACAGCUUACGUACAUUAUGUAGGGCAUUAUCAAUAGCUGCAGCAAAUCCUUGUCAUAAUAUCAAAAAGUCCCUCUACGAAGCAUUCUGUUUGAGUUUUCUUACUCAGCUGGAUUCUACUUCAUACAAGGCAGUACAUAAUAUGAUUUUGAAAAUGAUUGUUGGUCAGGCAGAUAGCAACUCAGUUGCCAAACAGCCUAUCCCAGAACCAAUGACUAAUGGACCUUAUGUUACUUUUGAAGGUUACUGGAUUCGCACAGGGUCAGAGGAACCUAAACUGAAUGAAAAAUACAUCCUCACCCCAACAGUGAGGAAAAACUUGUGCGAUCUAGUAAGAAUAGUGUCAUUGGCUGAUCACCCGGUUUUGUUACAAGGUGAUACAUCAAUAGGAAAAACCAGUCUCAUCACAUACCUGGCUUCAGCAUCUGGAAAUAAAUGUUUACGAAUCAAUAACCAUGAGCACACCGAUCUACAAGAGUAUAUUGGCUCCUACUGUGCUGAUGCUAAAACUGGAUCACUAGUUUUUCGGGAAGGUGUGCUGGUUGAAGCCAUGCGCCAUGGUUAUUGGAUUAUCCUUGAUGAAUUGAAUCUGGCUCCAACAGACGUCCUUGAAGCAUUAAAUCGUGUUCUUGAUGACAACCGAGAGCUGUAUAUACCAGAAACUCAAGAAGUCAUCAAAGCUCACCCUAAAUUCAGACUCUUUGCAACGCAAAAUCCACCUGGAUCAUAUGGAGGCCGGAAAGUGAUGUCUCGUGCCUUCAGAAACAGGUUCAUUGAAUUACACUUCGGUGAAAUCCCUCCAAGUGAGCUGGAAACUAUUUUACACCAACGUUGCGACAUGCCUAUGUCCUAUGCCAAAAAAAUUAUUUACGUUAUGAGAGAUUUACAAGCACAUCGACGUGGCAGUGCUGCAUUUGCUGGAAAGUCUGGUUUUAUAACACUCAGAGAUCUUUUCCGAUGGGGUGAAAGGUAUAGGUUAGCCAGUGAAAAUUUAGGCUCCAAGUUUUAUGACUGGGACCAACACAUCGCUGAUGAAGGCUACUUGGUUCUUGCUGGUAGAGUACGAAAACAAGAGGAACGGGACAUUAUAAGGAACUCUAUUCAGAAACACAUCAAGAGAACAGUUGAUCCAAGCUUGCUGUUCAAUUUAUGUGACAAGACAUCCACUGUUACUAAACACAUUUUGGAAAAAUACCUAUCUCACACUGCACCCGGAUUCGAACAUCUAGUUUGGACAUAUAAUAUGCGUCAGAUGAUAGUGCUCAUUGGAAAAGCUAUGGAGUUUAAAGAGCCACUACUGUUAGUCGGAGAGACUGGUUGCGGCAAAACGUCUGUUUGUCAAGUGAUUGCAAGCUGCAACCGUCAGAAACUUUUCAUCGUCAAUUGUCAUCAGCACUCAGAGAGCUCAGAUUUUUUGGGAGGCUUGCGUCCUGUCAGAGAUCAUUCCGCUGAUACGGAUGAAACGGGUGUUAAGCGACUGUUUGAGUGGGUUGAUGGUCCACUGAUCAAAGCCAUGACAUCUGGGGAAGUGUUUUUGGCGGAUGAAAUAUCCCUGGCUGAUGACAGUGUUUUAGAAAGGCUCAACUCUCUUCUGGAACCAGAACGUAAGAUCCUGGUCAGCGAAAAAAUGGACCUGCAAGAGAUUGAAGAAGUAACUGCACACGAAGACUUUCACUUUAUCGGCACAAUGAACCCUGGUGGAGAUUAUGGAAAGAAAGAGUUAUCCCCUGCCCUGCGGAAUCGACUCACUGAAAUUUGGUGCGAGUCUUGUUCAGAAGAGGCUGACCUUCUUCAAAUAAUUACGCACAAUAUCAGAUCUCAAGUACAUGAAAGUAAGGAAGAUUUAGGUCGCCACAUGCUUGAUUUCUUAUCGUGGCUUCAAAAAAACAGUAUUGGUAAGAGGUUGACUGUUAGCAUUCGAGACAUUUUAACUUGGGUCCGUUUUAUCAACUUGACAACAGACCACAAGCUAAUGACAUCACCUCUCGAGCCAUCUUAUGCCUUUGUACAUGGUGCAUGCUUAACUUUACUGGACAGUCUUGGCUCUGGUCUGACAGGUAUUGAUAACAUUGCAGCAGUGAAAACUUUUCGCCAAGUUGCGGUCAAUUAUGUUAUAGAUCAAAUGAAACCAUCUUUAAGUGCCACAUCUUUACUUGAACUUCAGUCAGCAGUUUUACCAGAUGAAUGUGCAGAUGUGCAAAGCUCUAACGAGUAUUUUGGGAUCUGGCCGUUUUUUAUAAGGAAAGGAAAACUUCCCACUAAAAUCGUAGGAAACUACUCCUUUACAGCAGGGACCACUCACCUAAAUUUAGUUCGUUUGCUGCGCUCGCUCCAAAUUCCAAACCGUGCCAUCUUAUUAGAGGGUAGUCCUGGAGUUGGCAAAACAACACUGGUCCAGGCAUUGGCUCAAGCUUCAGGACACUCACUGGUGCGAAUAAAUUUAUCUGAACAAACGGAUGUCUCUGACUUGUUUGGUGCUGACCUCCCAGUAGAUGGUGGAGAAGGAGGUCACUUUGAGUGGAGAGAUGGCCCAUUUUUGAAAGCACUGAAAGAUGGCGACUGGAUUUUACUCGACGAGUUGAAUUUGGCAUCACAAUCAGUGCUUGAAGGUCUUAAUGCUGUAUUAGAUCACCGAGGAGAGUUGUUCAUCCCUGAACUGGGUAAAACUUUCAAUGUUUCGCUGGGGCAAACUCGACUUUUUGCAUGUCAAAAUCCUCUGAGUCAAGGUGGUGCUCGGCGAGGCUUGCCCAAAUCCUUCCUAAACAGAUUCACGCAGGUUUUCAUGGAACCUUUGACUGAUUCAGAUCUCAAUGCAAUUUGCUUGUCAUUGUAUCCAUGCACUCCCACUAGUCUUUUACGUAAGAUGGUCGACUUCAACAGUCAACUCGCCGCAGAAUGUGGUAUCAAAUGGGCUUUUCGAGGUGCACCUUGGGAAAUGAAUUUACGUGAUUUAAGUAGGUGGCUAAGCGUGACCUACUACUUUGAUUCAGCAGACCUUUGUCCAGGAAAGUAUGUUUCCCUUCUCUAUGCAGGUCGAAUGAGAACAUCCUCUGAUCGACAAAAGGUUUUGGAUUUGUACGAAAAAAUUUUCGGAGAAGAAUUCCCACUACAAGUGGAAACUCCACGUUUGGUCAUCACCCAAGACAAAGUGAUAUUUGAAGAUGUAGUCCUAAGUCGUUAUGAUCCUGAUGAAAUCACAGAUGAGGGCAUUGUUGAAAGUGGAAUAAUUGCCUCAGUGAUCGACUCAGACUCAGAUCUUCUCAUUCUCCGACAGCAGAUCAGUGCCAUUCGGUCAUUGGCGGUUUGUGUUAAAAUGAAUUGGAUGCCAAUCUUGAUUGGUGACAGCGGGAGUGGAAAGAGCAGUAUCGUUAAAGUGCUUGCGCAGCUUUGCAACAAACAACUUCAUGUUCUGUCCGUAAAUUCCGCAAUGGACACAAUGGAAAUUCUUGGCGGAUUUGAGCAAGCAGACUUCGGAAGACAUCUUGACUUCAUUUCCAACCAAGUGGAGAGGCUUGUCUUAAAACACACACAAGAAAUCGUCAUUAGUACUAAAGAGGUUCCUGAAAAACUCCUCUGUUUAUGGGCAAAAUUCCGGAAAAUGUCCAACAAAAACCUUCUAUCUAGCACUCUUGCAUCUGAAACAGCUCUAUUCUCUGAACGUUUAAGAGUACUUGGAACUGUAUUGGAGCAUUUAAAAAAUGUUGUUCCGAAUCGCACUGUUGUAAUUUGCAAAUUAACAUCUCAGUUAAAAGAGCUUGAAGCAAAUGUGAAAAAAACUGGGAGCUUGAAUGCUGGCGGAAAAUUUGAAUGGAUCGACAGUGUGCUAGUCAAGUGUCUCAAAGAUGGAAGCUGGCUGCUGAUAGACAAUGUCAAUCUCUGUAGUCCAGCAGUUUUAGAUCGUUUAAAUGGGCUUCUGGAACCAAAUGGUGUUUUGACAAUAGGAGAACGAGGCGUGGACAACAAUGGACUUGUGCCAAUUAUCAAGCCGCAUCCGCAGUUCCGACUAUUUCUGGCAAUGAAUCCACAAUAUGGUGAGAUCUCGAGGGCUAUGCGAAAUCGUGGUGUGGAACUAUCUCUGUUAGAUGAAAACAGUGAGCUGAAUGAACUAGAUUUAGCUGCUCUUUUGAACAAAGCUGGUAUUGAAAAAUUUGAGCAGCGGCAUUGCUUGUUAAUGGUUCACAAUGUUAUGAAGCAAGUAGGAGGUGGAUUCGACAUUCCGUCUAUCACACAUUUGCUUCAUGUUGCAUUCUUGCUAGUGCAGUCUUGGAAAAGAGGCUUUUCAUUUCUAAAUGCGCUAGAAACAAGUUGCACUGAAGUUUAUGUCAAAUCAAGGUCUUUGAAUUUUGAGCAGAAGGAAGCUGCAAAAGAAGCAUUAAAACAGAGUUUAGAAACUUGCAAAGUAUACUUGGCACAAGAAAAUAUGCGCAUAGUAAAACACGAUGUGUUCCGGAAAAAUCUACGGAAUUAUUUCAAUCUCUCAAAUAGCACGUUAUCAACAUUAGUGUUGCAGAAUGACUCCAGACUAGCUGUAGUCAAACGUGAAUCAUCGCUCCUAGAAACUUUAUUACAAGUUUUGCCAGAUCUUGCUGCCACUCAAGAUGAUCCGAUUUUAUUCGAGCUAAAACUGGAUAUGAAUGUCUUCCUAAAAAUAAUUUAUGAGCAAGAAAAUGAAAACUUUGACCAGAAAUAUUAUGUUAAAAUUCUAAACAUCAUCAUGAAACUUUUACUGUCUUAUUUCAGUUCUGCAACAAUGCUUGAUUAUCGAUUGAGACAUUUUGUCUUGCAAAACACAGUUGAAGGAUUAUCAAAAGGUGAUGGCAGGAUUAAGGAGUAUUUCAAUCUUGUUUGUGAAGUUUGUUACAGCCUUAGUAAUGCUUUGGCUCGUGCAGAGGAUUGGUCUUUUGUAUGCCCAAAAAUUAACAUGGAUCGGAAACUCCUCCCUGUCGAUAUUAGACGUUAUCAACUCGGUGAAGUAGGAAGAAUGUGGUCAAGCGAAAACAAAUUAUUCUUACUCAUGAACUUCACACUCGUCAAAGUCGGAGAAAAGUUUUUGAAGGACAGUGUGGACUUGUGCUUGACCGGACAAAAGUGGAAAGAAAUGACUGUUGCUCUUUUCUCUUAUGCUUUUUUGCAAGGCACUGUAACAAAUAUUUCAGUGAGCGAAAUAAUCAUCGAAAAGUUCUAUGAGUUUGUCGCAGGGUUGGACAAUGUAAUUGAGGCAGUUCUGUCCUCAGAUGAAAUCAAGCUGUCAACUGUCGCUGCUGGUGAGUUGUUGUCUGCUCUAAAUUGGAGACAUCGCUUCAUGCGUCAAGGAUCCUUAAAACUCUUCGAGUCCGGAGACAAGAAGAAAACAGCAUCAGAAGAUGUUUUGCAAUUGUUGAUUGUUCAUUUCAAAUGGGUCCUGAAAAACCUAAUCCCUAAGAUUGUGGAUUUGUUGAUUUCAAGUCCAAGCCUGUCAAAUUUACCUGUCAUAAAAGAGUUCUUCACUUUAGUAGAAACGAUAGAUGCAUCGCUAAAUUAUGUAGCACCUCCUCUUCUCAGUAUUAUGAAUGAACUAAGAAGAAAAAUGAAAGAGCCGCUGCCAAUUGCUAGUGAGAAAGAGGCUGAAGUAUUAUCUGUUUUUGUAAAGGUAAACGAAUUCACAUCAAUUUGGCCAACUGACCCCAAUAUAGAUGUUCAGACUCUCAAACUGAAAAGCAAAAUGGAGAUGAUAGCAACUCUAGAGUGGAGACAACUGCACAAAGUAGCAAGUGCUAUGUAUGAAGCUGUACUCGGAGAAGAUCUAACCAAAGCAAAGCUGCUCGCCAAAGAAGCAGACAAACUUUUCAAAAUCUUGAAUCCAGAACCAACGAAUGACGAGAAUUGUAAUAAACCUCUUGCCAUCCCAAAUGUUCAGAUGUGGCCUAUCCAAGAGUUUUUUGCCUUGAAACUUAACAAACUUUGUCGGAUCUUUUUAAACCUAUCUGAAACUGAAAAUUUAGAGCCUUGUGAUCUAGUGCAUCUCUUGAGCGAAGAUGAUCUAGAAUUUAUUUCAGCAGCAAUCAAACUUCUACCCUCGAUGCCAGCAGACAUAAUCUCUCUCAUCAACUCGGUCGUUGCGAGCGGUAGAGGUGCUGACCACAAGCUGAAAAUCCUGAACUCACUACUUGAACAUAGUCGAUUUUCACCAGCUGUAAAUAAUUAUCAAUUUUGGCUCAAUUGGAACAAAAAGAAACCGAGCUCUGAAGACCAGGUUGAAAAUAUUUACCUUGACACUGUUGAUGAAGACAAAAAUGACAAUGAAUUGUCAUCUCUCGGUCCAUCUCUAAGUGUGUUUGUUGUUGAAUUGAUUUUGUCGGAUUUAUCAGAAAGGAAUUACUCUGUAAUUGCAAGUUCUGCUUUAAAAGAGUUUUCCACCAAAGUUUCGAUGCUAAAUCAGCUUGGAAGGAUUCUCUGGCGGAACAAGAUGGCGCUUGCCCAUGAUCUCUUUGACAGCAUCAAAACCGAAGAGGUUCUGCUGCGCCAAAGUAGUCAACAUUUCAUUCUGUCACUGCAUUCAGUUUUGAAUCCAGAAGCUGAGCUGAAAGAGUUGCAGAGUCCUGAAAAAUUUUCAAGGAGCAUUGAGUCGUGUAUCAGUCAGCUUGAAGAAUUCGCCAAACAAAUGAACUCUGGGUCCUCGAAAAUUUCACAGAAAAGACCCAUCAAUUUUAGAGAAAUGAAAAACAACAGUAGUGUCAAUGAUCUUCAAAAUCAUCUUAAGUUGCUACAGUCCAGUGUUACUGAACUAGAAACCAAAGCUGGAGAUGAGAAGUGGCUGUAUAUCUGCAAAAGUUGGAUAAAUCUUGGACUAAUUCAGCUUCUCUCCUUUACAUACCUUGAGUCUGUCGACCCAGUUGAAAAGGAUUUGUUGAAGCUCAAGUAUGCCACUGAAGAACUUGAAGACAUUCAAAACACACUUCUUGCCGAAGAGCUGCAAAGUAAAGUGUGUGAUACUUCCAAUCGCUUCCCAUUCUUGUCUCAUUUUCAUGAGCAGGAGUCAUUCUUAGCCAGUCACCAGAACAGCCUGAAACAAAGAAUUGCUCUCCGUCCUCAACCUCCACUUUACAACAUCCUCUCCAAAGAGCUCCAGCAUUUUCUUUCGACACUUGGUUCAUGCAGCAGUGUGUCUAAACUAAGUGAGAGGAUGGUGGAAUGCUAUCAAAAAUUGCCACAAAAUUAUGGAAAUCUCUCUUUGAUAAGAGAAGCGAGGCAGUUGUUGAAAGAACAUCAGAGCUGGCAAACAUCCACUCAACGGUUCUACAAUCAAGUGAUGAAGAACUACGGAUAUUGGUACCGAGACAUCAUAACUCCAAUCCAAUACGCACAAAAUCAGGUGAUGCAUGGUAUGAGUCUUUUGUCCUCUCUUCUGAAGAAAUCGCUCAUCAGAGCGGAGCUUAUAGCAAAACAGAAGCAUACGGUCUCCUGCACAGACAUUCAGCCAGUACUGUCAUGUCUAGCCAAAUUUCCGCAGCAUUCCAUUGAAGAAGCUUGGAACAUCACGAAUUUGUGCACCUCCAAAUCAACGUUGCUCCUGCUUGACGAGGCUUUGAAGGCAGGGCAUUGCAGUCAACAGCUGAAUGUCACUUUCAGUUUGAUCAGAUGCAGUUUGCAAGAGAUCUACCUUGUUGUCAACACUUUGAGCAGUCUCAAAAGUAACAGAUUGUGGGAGGAGAUGAACCAAAUAUUGGCGCACCUUGUUCAUUUGUGGCAGAAGCAAGAAGAGGAGAAAAAACAAAAGGAACAGGAAGAAGAAAGUCUUUAUAAAGUCAAAACUUGUGCUAAAUCUUUAACGGAUGAUGAGGAAGCGGCUAUAGAAAUGUCACAAUUGUUUGCUUCGUACGAUGAAGUCGACUUCCAUGACAUGUCCACUACUGCUGUUCUAGACAGCAGAGAACCUCCCAAACCCUUGAAACUUGAUUCUGUCAAUACAUCGACAAAACUAACUGAUGAGUGUAUCCAGGAAAUCUGCCAGAUCCAUUCAAAACUAAUGAUGCAGUUCACUCAUUCCUUCUGGACUGGCCCAUCAAAUUUAACAAACGACAUCACAGAAAAAGAUUUCAUGGGACCAUUCAUAGACAGAUUUAACGUAUUUUCAAUCCUCUUCUCACGCUAUCACCAAAGUUUGGAUUAUUCAUUUGAUCGGGAGCUUUUGCCAAGUCUUUUGUUCUUGACGCACUCUGCAAAAAAUAUCAUCAGCAACAAUGCCUUGAGGAAAAAUGAUUCAGCCAAGACAUAUAAUUUUUAUCAUGACUCUAAUAUCAUAGAAAUCAAAGAAUGCAUCCCAGUGCUGGAAACUGUCAAAAAACGAGUGAAUUUAUUACUUCAAGAGUGGCCGGAACAUCCAACCCUAAAUAGUGUAAUACAAAUUGCCGAUAGGAUCUUAAACUUCUCUGCUGCAAGCCCAGUGGCGAGGUUUUUAACUGGUUUUGAAAUGUUACUCAAUAAAACUCAUGAGUGGGAAGAAGUUGCGCACUCUGGUGUCAGUCUGAUGAACGAGUCACAGGAAAUCACUGCUCAGAUUUUUAAGUGGAGGAAGCUGGAACUGAAAUGCUGGAAGAACUCCCUGUCAAAUGUCUCUGAAAAAAUGAAGAAUAGUGCCAGUAAGUGGUGGUUCCAUCUCUACUCCCUCACCUCUGCGUACAUUCACCCUGACUCGAACUCUCCAGAAGUUGAGUUCAAAGCUUUUGUCGAAACAGUCCAAAAAUUCAUCGAAAGUGCCACGCUAGGAGACUUUGAGCCUCGGUUGGAUCUAUUGUACGUUUUUCACUGUCACACUAACAACAUGCCAUCAUCUGAAAAGCAGACUAGCGCAUCUUUUGUAUUCUGGAAUUUACACUCAUUCUACUCUCAGUUUUUGUCGGAAGUUCGUGCCAGAAUCAAAGAGCUCAGUGCUCCAGUCCAGAAAGAGUUGAGUGACUUCAUCAAAAUCGCUCGCUGGAAUGAUACAAACUAUUGGACCGUCAAAGAAACUGUCAAGAAAACUCACCGUUUCCUUCAUAGAUGCAUCAAAAAAUAUCAGACCACUCUACAAGAGUCAGUUGCCACUGCUAUGUUACACUCUCCUGAUGCGGACAAAAACAAAAAAGCACCCUCUCCAAUGAUUGAGACCAAUGUAUCAAACUAUGUCAAAAUUUCAGAACAGGAUGAAGUUGAGCUCUUCUCUCAAAUUUUCCAAGAUCAGUUUUCGAAAUUGACAGAAGUUUUACCAAAUAAUGUCCUACAAAAAAUUAAUAAAAUUAGUAUGCGGACGUUUUUGUCAACUUCAUAUCCAACGUUGUCCCAGACUGUGGACAACUUAACGACGAUAAUCAUUGAGUCAGCUGAGGAACUAAGAGCAUUGGAUGUGGACAUGAAUCUCUCAAAAGAGAAGCAGAAAUCGCAAGCUAAGAGUAUUCACCAACAGAAGCGCAAAGCUAUUAUCGAUUUGUUCAAGGCCCUCCAGAAAAUUGGAUUGAGCUACCAAGCUGGUUUAGUAAUGUAUGGAGACCAGAUCAAUGUCCCUCUUGAAUUCACCCGCUCAGCGCCACUCAGUAUCAAUAACUCACUACAGAAUUUAAGAACGAGGUGUGCAGAUCAUGAGUUACUGGCCUCUUGGGACAAAUGUGAGCAUUACUUCUUGCAAAGUGUAGCACGGCACUCUCAACUGAGGAAAGCUGUCGGAGGUGCCCACAAGUCAAUGAAUACUCCUUACUUCAGAGACCGCCUGCAAGGGUUCCCGAAUCAUCUUGUGAACCUGACACUGAAGCAGCGAUGCAGUGUUACGGAAGCAUUUGACGCCUUAUGUCAGUUACGUUGCUUGGUCUCUCUAAUCGCAGGAAUGAAAGACAGCUCUGAAAAAGGAGCGGUUGCACCACAAGCUGUUCUCAUCCAGCAAAAGGAAGACUAUGAGGAUCUCCUAAACAAUGCAAUAUACUGUCUCCAAGGUUUCAAGGUCCUCAUGAAUGUUUGUCCUGAAGCGCAGUCUUUGAGCGAGAAUCAAGAUGAAAUAUUGUCAAUCCGCCUGAAAAACUUUGGUGAGCCUGUCAUGAUUCAGGUCACCAAAGAUGAUGUACUGUGGCGGAAAGUGGAUCACCUUGUUGACUCUCUCCUUAUUCAAUUGAAAGCGAUGAAGAAGGAGCUCAGCAGAACUCUUCCGCCGUCUUAUUUUGCUGAAUUUGCCUUUGUCUCCAAUGAAACAAGAGAAACCAUCACUUGCCACUUGAAAACGUUGUCCGACGUUCAGAGAGGUGUCGCAGAAAUCCACAACCUCUUUUCGCUGGAAACAUGCGAUAGUCCACUGACAGUUGGCAUUGCAGCUUUGAGAGACAAAAUCUCUAUGUUUUUGGAGAAGUACAAUGAUUUUGAAAGUGAUACUUUCAGUUCGAUCAAGAGUGACUUUGGUGAAGGGUUCAAAUCAAAACUGAGCAAGCUGAUACAUAAGUUGUUACUCACAGUUCAAGAACUUUAUAAGAAGUUCUGUGUUUUUGAAGAAGAAAAAACAGAGGAGAACCCUUCAGAUGAUGAAGGUGAAGAUGAUGAAGUUCUAAACUUAAAAAAUCAACAUUUGACUGAAGAAAUUAUAGCCUCAUUGGAUCGUGACAUGGCUCUUAUAGAGUUAAAAGCAGUUAACAAGACUUUAGGAUCUUUGUUGGAGCAGCUGACAACUAUGUAUGAUUCGGAAGAAGGCAGAGACUGUAAAAGAAUGUUGAUUACUUGUCUUCCACUCCUUGAGCAACUCAGUUUGACAGCACAGUUUUUUGUCACGCAGCAAGUCAAAGCUUUGAGAGCAUCGUGUAAAUUGUCCUCAAUUCUGACUUCAAUCUUUUUGGAGCUAGUCCAGAAGGGAUUCUGUAUACCAGAUGAGUUGCUGGAAGAGGAAGGUGAAGGUGAAGGGGGUACUUCUGGAGGCUUGGGUCUCGGAGAUGGUAAAGGUGAGAAAGAUGUAUCAGAGGAAAUCGAAUCGCAAGAUCAGCUGGAGGAUGCCAAGAAACCUGGUGAAAAAGAAGAAGAAAAUGACGAAGACUGCAAAGAAGAAGAAAAAGGAAUCGAUAUGUCAGAUGAUUUUGGCGGGAAACUGCAAGAUAUUGAUGAGAAAGAAAAUGAAGACAAUAGUGGUGAAAGUGACGCUGAUGAUGAUGAACCUGAUAAAGAAAUGGGAGAGACGGAAGAGGGAGCUGAAACUUUAGAUGAAAAGGUUUGGGGAAGUGAUUCCGAAGGAGAGGAAGAAGAUGAACAAGAAAAUGAUGGCAAAGAGCUAAACGAAGAGGAAGGUGAUAAAGGAGAGCAAGUUGGAGACAAAGAACUAGGCGCAAAAGACGAUUCCCGCGAAGAACAACCGAAUGAUGAAAAUGAGAAAGACCAGAACGAAACAAAUGAUAGGAAAAAAGACAUCAAUGAAAUGAAUGAAGAUGGAGAAGAAGAUGAUGACCAAGUUGAUCCCUAUCAUGGUCAAGAUCAACCUCAACCUGAACCUGAAGCAUUUGAUUUACCAGACAAUUUACAACUGGAUGAUGAGGAUGGCAAUGAAAAAGAGAAUGAUGAAGAAAAUCCUUUCGACAUUGAUGCUAUGAAGCAGCCCAAUUUGCCAGAAGAUAAAGAAGAAAAUGGGAACGAUGAAGAAGAAAAUGGAAAAGAUGAAAACAAAGAAGAUGCCAACGAGGAAGAGAAAGUGGAUGAAGCUCAAGCCAGUGAGGCGGAAGGAAGUGAUGAGGAGGGACAAACUGGUCCAGAUCAGGAAAAUUUGGAUGAAAAUGAUGAGGAAGAAUCCGAAAAAGAAAAUGUGGGAGAAGAUGGAGGGAAAAUGGAUGAUGAAAAGUCAGGAGAGGAACCGAAAUCAACCGAGGAAAACCUAGAGCAAGAGCAAGCGAAACCAUCCGAAGAUGACGCCAGUACUGAUCCAGCUCAGCAAGCAGAUCAAGUUGGUGGUUCGACUGAUCAAGUGGACUCAGAACAAAACAAAGACCAGACCAAAGACAAAUCAGAUAGUAACCAAGAAAAUCAAGGCUCAGAUCAACAGGGUGUAGGCGAUGCCAAGCAAGAAACAACAGACGGACACUCAGGAGCGCAAGAUGAAGGGGCUCAAAGCAAAAAGAGAGGAGAAAAAGACAAGAAGCGGAAGCAGAAGCCAGGGAAGAGUGACAUCAACCGAUCUUUAGCUGAUAUGAAAGAGCCCAUGAAAAAACGCCUUAAAACCACUGAUGAUUCUGCUGAUGAUAAAAAAUCUGAUAAUAUCGAAAAUGAUGAAGAUGGUGAAGAGAGUGAAAAAGCCGAUUUGUACCAGCAUGUGAAAGAUGCCGACGACAGAGCCUCUGAAGCGCAAACUCUUGAUGCCGCAACGCAGGAGCAAGCGGAGAAGCAACCAGUUCCAGACUCUGAGAACGAUGAAAAAUCUGAUGUAGAAAGUGUGGCUGAAGAUGACAAAAUGGACAUUGAUGAAGAUGAGAAUCUUGAUGUGGAGGAAGUUGAUAAAAUCAAGCCCGAAGAAACAAAGAGUAACAAGAAAACAAGCAAAAACAAAGUUGAUAACAAUGUUGAUGAUGCUGAUGAAGAACUCAUCAAUGCUGAAGCUGGUAUCGAGAUCGAAGGUGAAACGGUACAGACUGCAUCAGUCGAGAGAGAACCGGAAAGCUCCCAUCAUACAAAAAAAGAUGUCCUGGAUGCUGAGCUGGAACCGGAGAUGUGGGAUGUCGCAGCCAUCCGUGAUCAGAUUGAAAACCAAUUGGCCUCCUGGACAAAUACUCCAUCGAAUGACGAAGCCUCUAGAGCUUGGCAGCUUCUUACAGCUGCAACCCAUUCCCUCUCUCAAGAUUUAAGCGAACAACUGCGCCUAGUAUUGGAACCUUGCCAGGCAACACGGCUUAAAGGAGAUUUCCGUACUGGACGUCGAAUUAAUAUGAGAAAGGUGAUUCCGUACAUUGCCAGUCAGUUCAGGAAAGAUAAAAUUUGGCUGAGGCGAACCAAACCAUCGAAAAGGGACUACCAAAUCAUUAUGGCAGUCGAUGACUCAUCAAGUAUGUCAGAUAAUCAUUCAAAAGAGUUGGCAUUUGAAUCUCUUGCUACCAUCAGUCGUGCGCUGUCUUUACUCGAAGCUGGUGAAUUAGGAGUGGUUAAAUUUGGAGAAGAGACCGGAACAUUACAUCCACUUGGGGAACCAUUCUCUGAACAUAGUGGAGCCAGGUUAUUACAACAGUUUUCAUUUGAGCAGACAAAAACGCGAGUUGGUGAACUCGUUGAGUAUUGCAUUGCAAUGUUUGCUGGAAGACAACUACCCCGCUCUGCUCAGCUGUUGAUCAUCCUAUCUGAUGGCCGUGGUAUUCUUAGUGAGGGUCAGAGUGUUGUCAAAACAGCUGUUCGACGAGCAAGGCUUGCUGGAAUUUUCAUUGUUUUUGUCAUCAUUGACAAUCCAGCAGCGGGCUCAGUGUUGGAUAUAAGUAUGCCUUUGUUCAAUGGAAACCAACUUAUCGGAAUGACAUCAUACAUGAGCAAUUUCCCGUUCCCCUUCUAUCUUCUUUUAAGAGAUGUGAACAACUUACCUGCUGUUCUCAGUGAUGCCCUUCGACAGUGGUUUGAAUUAGUCACAGAUAAGCAAUAAUUAUAUAAUUAAUUCCUCAUUCCACGGUACGUUUCUAUAAAAUCUCUUAUGUAGGUCUUUAAAUUGUGUACAUAGUCUGUUUAUAUGUACAACGACUAAUAUUUUUCUUAAUAUCUAAGUGAAAAAUCCAAGAUCUGUGAUAUUAGCUCAACUGAAGUUAUUGUACAUUUGCUUUUUAAUUUGAAUAAAAUUUCUUAAUUUUUAAGUA